AUGAAGCGUCUGGCUGCUCUAUUGCCACUGCAUAUAGCGAGACGGUCGUUCUCCACUUCGCCGAUCUUCAAUCGAGCGGUCAAGAGGCAGCAACGUAACAACACUGCGCUCUUGGAGAACAGCGACGAGUACGAGUACCUCAAGGACGAGGUCGCACGUCGCCUGCUUGACCGACUGGAGGACAUUGAGCGCGAUUUCCCGUUGGCGCUGGACCUGGGCUGUGGCAGUGGCCAUUUGUACAAGCACUUGAGCGUCGAUGACAAGCUGGGAGGAAUCGAGAAGCUGGUGCAAUGUGAUGUGGCUGAGAGAUUACUCCUUCGUGACGACCUAGAGACCAGCACUUCUCUGAGUACGACACGCCUAGUGGCGGACGAGGAGUUCCUGCCGUUCCCAGUUCAUCACUUCGACUUGGUGAUGAGCUCACUAAGUUUGCACUGGGUGAACGACCUCGAAAGCACAUUUCGCCAAGUGCUGGACACGCUUAAACCUGACGGUGCUUUUAUCGGUGCCGUGCUGGGGGGAGACUCGCUGCAAGAGCUGCGGAGUGCCUUCAUUCUCGGGGACCAAGAGCGUCAGGGUGGUGUCUCGCCCCACAUUUCUCCGUUCAUGCACGUUGCAAAUGCUGGCAACCUCUUGUCAGCUACAGGUUUCAACUUGUGCACAGUGGACACGGACUACAUUCAAGUGGAUUACCCGAACGCCUUUGUGCUGAUGGAGCAUUUGCGAGGUAUGGGCGAGAACCACGCCGUGACCUCACGAGGAUCUCCAGCGACGCGCGACUCGCUGCUCGCCGCUGCUUCCAUCUACCAGUCCAUGUUCGGCCAGCCGGAUGGCACGGUGCCCGCCACGUUCCAGGUCAUUUAUCUCAUCGGGUGGUCGCCCCACGCAUCGCAACAGAAACCUCUGCGUCGUGGAUCGGCGCAACAUUCAUUGAAGGAACUUGGCCAAGAAAGCUAG